GCGAGACGGCCGCAAGAUUCAUCGACGAGAAUCCCUUCAUCGUCACAUCAGCCCGUCAGACGUGCUGAGCCGAGUCCAGAUCGGCUACCCGCGCGCUCGCCCACACCUCUGCAGCAAUGUCCUUCCGAGGAGGUGGUGGUGGUAGAGGAGGAGGAGGAGGAUUUCGUGGAGGAGCAGGAGGUGCUCGCGGUGGACGAGGGGGCUUUCGAGGGGGCAGGGGAGGGUUUGGAGCCCCUGCUGGACCGCCAGAGUAUGUCCAGGAGAUGGGCAGCUUCGUCCACGCGGUAGAGAGCGAGAUGCUCUGCUCCUCAACAAACGCAAAGCAGGUGCCGUAUUUCAAUGCUCCCAUCUAGUGAGUAUCGGCGGCGAGCAUCGAGAAGAGAAAGAGGACGCUGGAUACUGCAUUGAGUCGCGCAAUGCCGGCAGCCUUUG